AUGGCGAGCGAAGGCAAACAAGUUGUUCAGCUAACAGGUGAUGGAGAAGGAGGAGGAGGAGGAGGAGGAGCGGGAAAAGAAGGAAAUGCUGCUGGAGGGGGGAGCGUGCUGCAGCCGCUGAAUCCAGGAAUCCCCAUCCGAGGCAUCCGGAUGAAAUUUGCUGUGCUGACAGGACUGGUGGAAGUCGGUGAAGUAUCCAACAGAGACAUAGUGGAGACUGUGUUCAAUCUGCUUGUUGGUGGCCGUUUUGACUUGGAAAUGAACUUCAUCAUCCAAGAAGGAGAGGGAGUUACGUGCAUGGUAGACUUGCUGGAUAAGUGUGACACCACGUGCCAGGCUGAGGUGUGGAGCAUGUUUACAGCCAUCUUGAAGAAAAGCAUUCGCAACCUGCAGGCGUGCGCAGAGGUGGGCCUGGUUGAGCAAGUGCUCAAGAGGAUUGAUAGAGCUGACAGUAUGAUUGCAGAUCUCCUAGUGGAUAUGCUGGGUGUUUUAGCUACCUAUAACUUGACAGUUCGAGAGCUMAAGUUAUUCUUCAGCAAACUUCAAGGAGAAAAGGGAAGAUGGCCACCRCAUGCUGGGAAGCUGUUGUCUGUAUUAAAACACAUGCCUCAGAAGUAUGGGCCUGAUGCCUUCUUCAACUUUCCAGGGAAAAGYGCUGCAGGUAUUGCCUUACCUCCUAUAGCCAAGUGGCCCUACCAGAAUGGAUUCACUUUUCAUACUUGGCUAAGAAUGGAUCCUGUAAAUAAUAUCAAUGUGGAUAAGGAUAAACCUUACUUAUAUUGUUUUCGAACAAACAAAGGACUUGGUUAUUCUGCACACUUUGUUGGAGGCUGCUUGGUUGUAACAUCCAUAAAAUCAAAGGGAAAAGGUUUCCAGCAUUGUGUAAAAUUUGAUUUCAAGCCACAAAAGUGGUAUAUGGUUACUAUCGUGCACAUAUACAACCGCUGGAAGAAUAGUGAACUUCGAUGUUAUGUGAAUGGGGAACUGGCAUCGUAUGGAGAAAUAACGUGGUUUGUCAACACCAGUGAUACAUUUGACAAAUGUUUCCUGGGUUCUUCAGAAACAGCAGAUGCCAAUCGUGUGUUUUGUGGGCAGAUGACAUCUGUUUACCUUUUCAGCGAGGCUCUCAAUGCUGCCCAGAUCUUUGCCAUUUAUCAGCUUGGUCUGGGAUAUAAGGGAACAUUCAAAUUCAAGGCAGAAAGUGAUCUUUUCCUUGCUGAACAUCACAAAUUGUUGCUGUAUGAUGGCAAGCUAUCCAGCGCUAUCGCUUUUAUGUACAACCCAAGGGCUACAGAUGCACAGCUCUGUCUAGAGUCAUCUCCUAAGGAUAAUGCUUCUAUUUUUGUUCAUUCACCACAUGCCCUCAUGCUGCAGGAUGUGAAGGCAGUCUUAACACAUUCUAUCCAAAGUGCCAUGCACUCCAUUGGAGGAGUGCAGGUGCUUUUCCCUCUGUUUGCACAGUUAGACUAUAGGCAAUAUUCAUCAGACCAUAUUGACACAACUGUUUGUUCUACUUUGCUGGCUUUCAUCAUGGAGUUGUUGAAGAACUCCAUUGCUAUGCAAGAGCAGAUGCUUUCCUGUAAGGGCUUCCUUGUGAUAGGAUAUAGCCUAGAAAAGUCUUCCAAAGCCCAUGUUACACGAGCUGUGCUAGAACUAUGCCUUGCCUUUUCCAAGUACCUGAGCAACUUGCACAAUGGAGUGCCCUUGCUGAAGCAGCUGUGUGAUCAUGUUCUUCUUAACCCUGCAAUAUGGAUUCAUAUUCCAGCAAAGGUUCAGCUGAUCCUGUAUACCUACCUGUCUACUGAAUUCAUUGGCACUGUUAACAUAUACAAUGCAAUCCGGCGAGUUGGGACUGUUCUUCUGGUCAUGCAUACCCUAAAGUAUUACUACUGGGUAGUGAAUCCUCAGGAUCGCAGCGGUAUUACUCCUAAAGGUUUAGAUGGGCCACGACCUAAUCAAAAGGAGAUUUUAUCUCUGAGGGCAUUUUUAUUGAUGUUCAUUAAACAGCUAGUGAUGAAGGACUAUGGAAUAAAAGAGGAUGAAUUGCAGGCUAUUCUGAAUUAUUUGCUCACUAUCCAUGAGGAUGACAAUCUAAUGGAUGUCUUGCAAUUGCUUGUUGCUCUAAUGUCAGAGCAUCCCAGUUCUUUGAUCCCUGCUUUCGACAAGAGGAAUGGAUUACGGGUUGUCUACAAGCUUUUAGCAUCAAAAAGUGAAGGCAUCAGGGUGCAAGCUCUAAAAGUGAUGGGAUAUUUCUUAAAACAUCUUCCUCCAAAGAGAAAAGCUGAAGUCAUGCUUGGACAUGGAUUGUUCUCUUUGUUGGCUGAAAGGCUGAUGCUUCAGACAAGCUUAAUCACAAUGACCACAUACAAUGUCCUAUUUGAGAUUCUGACUGAGCAGAUUUGCACUCAAGUGAUACAUAAACAACAUCCUGACCCAGAUUCAACACUGAAGAUACARAAUCCUCAGAUAUUAAAAGUUAUUGCAAUCCUGCUACGCAACUCUCCCCAGUGUCCAGAAACUCUGGAGGUUCGACGAGCCUUUCUCUCAGAUAUGAUUAAACUUUUUAAUAACAGCAGAGAAAAUAGGAGGAGUUUGUUGCAGUGCUCUGUCUGGCAGGAGUGGAUGCUUUCCCUUUGCUGCUUUAAUCCUAAGACUUCUGAGGAACAGAAGAUAACUGAAAUGGUCUAUGCCAUAUUUCGAAUUUUGCUCUACCAUGCAAUCAAAUAUGAAUGGGGCGGCUGGCGUGUUUGGGUGGAUACCCUGUCAAUAACGCAUUCAAAGGUAACUUUUGAAAUGCACAAAGAGAAUCUCUCUCAAAUGUACAGAGAAUAUCAAGAGAAAGGAGGUGAAGGGAGUGCAAUAAGCCCUUCAGCUCCCAUUAGAACGGUCUCUGGAGUUAGCAAGGAAGCUGAAACUGUAGGAAAACUACCUCGUUUGGAGUUAAAAGAAGCUGCUGCUGCUGCUCCAUCCUGUAUUCUUGAAGAUGAUGUGGAGUGCAGUACUGAAAAAAAUGUAUCYGAGCCUUCAUCGGAUGGUGACCAACACGUUCAUUCGGUCUCUCAUCAAAGGAAGGAAUUGGAGGGGGAAGGUGGAGAGAGUGCCCCCAAUUUGGAAGCAGUGUCAUGCUCAGAAUUGUUUCCAGAGSCUGGAGCAAUAAAGCCCACUGUUUCAGAAAUUAGUACUGGAAUAGCUGAAGCAAUUGAAGAUUCCCCAAGCCAAGCACAGGAACUUGUGCAGGAAAAAACAGCUGUUGGUGAUGCUUCUUUAGGGGAGCAAACUGAAUUGGAAGGAGAAACUCUUGAAAAUCCAGAAGGAGUGGGAAAAUCAACACUAGAUGUGGAAGAGGAAGAUGGCUUUGUUGAUUUGAAAGAGGAAAGUAGCUUACCUUUACCACUAGAAGAGGUAGCAGAAACAGCUGAAGAAUGUAUUAGUCAUGAAAAUCAAGGAUCAAAGCAAGAUGAAGUCAUUGAGAAAGAAGCUGAAUCUGUGCUUUUAAAAUCCAAAGAUGCUGACGAUAUAGAUAGGAAAAAGCAACRAAUUGCUUCCUUAUCGGAAACAGCAAGUUCUGCAGUUCAAGAAGUAGCAACUCAGAUGCAUUCAGAAGGGGAAAAGAAGCUGGAGGAAGAAAAGAUUCUUUUCACUGAACCCAGAACAGCUGAAGUGGAUGCCAGUGUACAUGUACCAGAGCUUGCUGGAGCCUCUGCGAAAAGAAUUGCCAAGCUUGAUGUUUCUAGCGUUGCAUCAGAUACAGAAAAACUGGAAUUGAAAGCCAGUACAAGUCUAGAAGCACCUUUGCCCCCCAGACCCCUACCUGAGACUUCAAGGCAGCAAGAUUCUUCAGGUCAAGAACUAGCAACUACAUCGGAUGGGCAAAAGAGAGACUCCAGGUCUACUGUGUUCCGUAUUCCUGAGUUUAAGUGGUCCCUGAUGCAUCAGCGCUUGCUCACAGACUUGCUCUUCUCCAUAGAAACAGAUAUACAGAUGUGGAGAAGCCAUUCUACAAAAACUGUGAUGGACUUUGUGAAUAGCAGUGACAAUGGCAUAUUUGUACACAACACAAUUCACCUCAUCUCUCAAGUAAUGGACAACAUGAUUAUGGCUUGUGGUGGCAUAUUGCCCUUGCUUUCUGCUGCUACAUCUGCUACGCAUGAAUUGGAGCAUAUUGAGCCAACUCAGGGACUUUCAGUAGAAGCGUCUUUAGCGUUUCUCCAGAGGCUAAUCAACCUUGUGGAUGUGUUAGUUUUUGCAAGCUCCCUUGUUUUCACUGAUAUUGAGUCUGAGAAAAAUAUGUCAUCUGGAGGAAUUCUGCGGCAGUGUCUCCGUCUGGUAUGUGCAGUAGCAGUAAGAAAUUGCUUGGAGUGCCAGCAGUAUGCACAGAUGAAACCUACUGGAGACACUGUCAAGAACCAAAAAAUGAUGCAGAGUCUUACAGGAGCAGGAAGAUCUGCAGCAAAGAGUCCAGUGGACGUUGUGACUGGUGGAAUUUCUCCAAUACGAGACCAUGACAGACUUCUGCAGGAUAUGGAUAUUAAUCGACUUCGAGCAGUGGUGUUCAGAGACAUAGAGGAUAGUAAACAGGCUCAAUUUUUGGCUUUGGCUGUAGUAUAUUUCAUUUCUGUGCUGAUGGUCUCAAAAUACAGAGAUAUACUGGAACCCCAGAAUGAAAGGAGACCACCUAUUCAUAGCCAGUCAUUCAAGGCAUCAGAGAAUGGAAGUAAUGAAACUACUGUUUCUACUGCAGUUGUAGAAAACCCAUCUACUGCUCUCGAUGCUUCAUCUUCAGUCUUCACUGAAGAUUUUGAAAGUACAGCAUCUGUACGAAGAAGGGACUCGGGUCUCGGAGAGGAACCAGCUUCGAGUCAAGCAAACAGCUCAGACAGUGCUGUUGAAGAACCUCCGAAAGUCAUUCCAGGUCCAGAUGCUAUCAGUGAGGUACUAUCCACACUCUCGUUGGAAGUAAAUAAAUCUCAGGAGGGCAGAAGCGACGCAGAAACUAAUGACAGUAAGGGUGCAGCUUCUGUGCCAACUGCAAAAAAUGUCAACGUGAAGGACAUUCUGCGAAGCCUGGUGAGCACACCAGCUGAUGGGGCGGCCGUGGAUCCUGCUCUUCUGCCAGCAGCCUUCCUUGGAGUUCUGGGCGAUGCAGCUGCUGAGCAACCUGUGCAGUUCCAUUCCUUUGACAGGAGUGUGGUUGUACAGCCGAAGAAAUCAACCAUAUCCUCUUCUACGGCUCCUAUGAGUAUUCCUGCAAAUGCUGUCAGUGUGGUUUCUUCGCUAGACUCAUCCCAGGCCCUGGAUUUGGCAGGAGAAUCUCCUGGGAGAGGAUCAUCUAAUUCCAAAUUGCCUGCAGUUCCUGCAGUUUCUUCAGUGCCUGAGGAUUCUGCCUCAAAUAUGAGUAUUACAGACAGACUUGAACAUGCUUUGGAAAAAACUGCCCCACUUUUGAGAGAGAUUUUUGUGGAUUUUGCUCCCUUUCUUUCUCGAACUCUUUUGGGCAGCCAUGGUCAGGAGUUGCUGAUAGAAGGUACAAGUCUUGUGUGCAUGAAAUCCAGUAGUUCAGUUGUGGAGUUGGUGAUGCUUCUUUGCUCUCAGGAGUGGCAGAACUCCAUACAAAAGAAUGCUGGCCUUGCCUUUAUUGAGCUGGUCAAUGAGGGAAGGUUACUGAGUCAAACUAUGAAGGACCAUUUAGUAAGAGUGGCUAAUGAAGCAGAGUUUAUCCUGAGCAGACAGCGAGCAGAGGACAUUCACCGGCAUGCUGAAUUUGAGUCACUGUGUGCCCAGUAUUCAGCAGACAAACGAGAAGAAGAAAAAAUGUGUGAUCACUUGAUAAGGGCAGCCAAGUAUCGAGACCACGUGACUGCAACUCAACUAAUCCAGAAAAUUAUCAACAUUUUGACAGACAAGCAUGGAGCCUGGGGAAGCUCUGCACCAAGUCGUCCUCGUGAGUUCUGGCGCCUCGACUACUGGGAAGAUGACUUGCGGCGCCGGCGACGAUUUGUGCGCAACCCCCUCGGAUCGACACAUCCUGAAGCGACACUAAAAGCAGCUGGAGAACAUGCUCUGGAUGAAGAUGUGCUUGUUAAAGGAAAACAGUCAAUCAAGAGCCAAGUUUUAGGAAAUCAGAACUCAGAAAGCGAGAUUCUCUUGGAUGGUGACGACGAUACCCUGUCAUCCCUUGASGAUAAAGAUUUGGACAACUUCACAGGUCCGGUUAACCUGAGUGCGCCAGCGCAGCUUGUGGCACCCUCGGUUGUAGUGAAAGGCACUCUUUCCAUCACUUCCUCUGAGGUCUACUUUGAGGUGGAUGAAGAAGAUCCCAGUUUUAAGAAAAUCGACCCGAAGAUUCUAGCAUAUACAGAAGGACUGCAUGGAAAAUGGCUCUUUUCAGAGAUUCGGUCUGUCUUUUCACGACGUUAUCUCUUGCAGAAUACGGCAUUAGAGAUCUUCAUGGCAAACAGAGUGUCUGUGAUGUUCAACUUUCCUGACCAAGCAACAGUAAAGAAAGUGGUUAACUGUCUACCUCCAGUUGGCGUUGGUACAAGUUUUGGACUACCUCAGACCAGGCGCAUUUCUUUGGCUAGUCCACGACAGCUUUUCAAAGCUUCCAAUAUGACCCAGCGUUGGCAGCACCGAGAAAUUUCCAACUUUGAAUAUCUGAUGUUUCUAAACACUAUAGCAGGUCGUACUUACAAUGACUUAAAUCAGUAYCCUGUCUUCCCUUGGGUCAUCACCAACUAUGAAUCAGAGGAGUUGGAUCUUACACUUCCUAGCAACUUCAGGGAUUUGUCAAAGCCUAUUGGAGCUUUGAACCCAAAGAGAGCAGCAUUCUUUGCUGAGCGAUAUGAAUCCUGGGAAGAUGAUCAAAUUCCAAAGUUUCACUAUGGCACACAUUAUUCAACUGCAAGUUUUGCACUCACAUGGCUGUUAAGAAUUGAGCCCUUUACAACACUUUUCCUGAAUUUGCAAGGUGGGAAGUUUGAUCAUGCAGAUAGAACAUUUUCAUCUAUUUCCAGAGCAUGGCACAAUAGUCAGCGUGACACUUCUGAUAUCAAGGAAUUGAUUCCUGAAUUCUAUUACCUCCCAGAGAUAUUUGUCAACAGCAACAAUUACAAUCUAGGGGUGAUGGAUGAUGGAACGGUUGUGUCUGAUGUUGAGCUUCCACCAUGGGCCAAAAGCCCAGAAGAAUUUGUUCGCAUAAACAGACUGGCAUUAGAAAGUGAGUUUGUCUCCUGCCAGCUUCACCAAUGGAUUGAUCUGAUUUUUGGCUACAAACAGCAAGGGCCAGAGGCUGUUAGAUCCCUGAAUGUUUUCUACUACCUGACUUAUGAAGGAGCUGUAAAUUUAAGUUCAAUAACAGAUCCUGUAUUAAGAGAGGCGGUCGAGGCUCAAAUACGAAGUUUUGGACAGACUCCUUCCCAACUGCUCAUAGAACCACAUCCUCCCAGAAGUUCGGCGAUGCAGGUGAGCCCGUUGAUGUUCACAGACCAAGCUCAACAGGAUGUUAUAAUGGUUCUCAAGUUCCCGUCCAACUCCCCUGUCACUCAUGUAGCUGCCAAUACCCAGCCUGGUCUGGCCACUCCUGCUGUGAUCACAGUUACUGCAAAUAGGUUGUUUGCUGUAAACAAGUGGCAUAAUCUUCCAGCUCAUCAAGGUGCUGUACAAGACCAGCCCUACCAGCUGCCAGUGGAAAUCGAUCCUCUCAUAGCCAGCAAUACAGGCAUGCACAGAAGGCAAAUCACAGACCUUUUAGACCAAAGCAUUCAGGUGCAUUCCCAGUGUUUCGUCAUCACCUCUGACAAUCGUUACAUCUUGGUCUGUGGCUUCUGGGACAAGAGCUUCCGAGUUUAUUCUACUGAUUCAGGUAAACUGAUGCAAGUAGUAUUUGGACACUGGGAUGUUGUAACCUGCCUUGCUCGCUCUGAAUCGUAUAUUGGAGGAAAUUGUUACAUUCUCUCAGGAUCGCGUGAUGCAACCUUGCUGCUCUGGUAUUGGAAUGGCAAAACCAACAUCAUCGGUGACAAUCCGAGUGGUGAUUUUGCAACUCCUCGAGCUAUUUUGACAGGACAUGACUAUGAAAUCACCUGUGCUACCGUUUGUGCUGAACUUGGCUUGGUAAUAAGUGGUUCAAAAGAAGGACCAUGUCUCAUACAUUCUAUGAAUGGAGAUCUGCUGAGGACAUUAGAAGGUCCUGAAAAUUGCCAGAGACCAAAACUUAUCCAGGCUUCAAGAGAAGGCCACUGUGUCAUAUAUUAUGAAAAUGGCCUCUUCUGUGUAUUCAGUGUGAACGGGAAGCUUCAAGCCACCAUGGAAACAGGGGACAACAUAAAGGCGAUCCAGCUGAGUCGAGACGGGCAGUACCUGCUGACAGGAGGGGACAACGGGGUCGUCAUGGUCUGGCAGCUGUGGGACCUCAAGCAGCUUUUUGCUUACCCAGGGUGCGACGCUGGCAUCCGAUCAAUGGCCCUGUCGUAUGACCAAAGGUGUAUAAUGACGGGCAUGGCAUCUGGGAGCAUAGUGGUUUUCUACAAUGAUUUCAAUCGCUGGCAUCAUGAAUAUCAAACCAGAUACUGAUCUUGAGACAGACCAAGAUCAGCACUGAUGUGGGCAGCUGCUGUCAGAGCGCAACUGAAGAUUGCAAGCCUCCCUUGGUGGCUUGCCCCAGAUUUAUUCCUUAUACAUAGCUGUAUUACAUCUGAAUGUAACUUAAAUUUGCUGGGAGAAGCAACCUAUUUUUAAAGUUAAUUGCUAUUUUUGUAGACCUUGCUUGACUUUUUUUGGGGAAGGGCAAAGAAGCAGAAAAAUGGCUGCUGGGUUCUGUAGUUAAAAAAAUCUAUAUUUUUAGUCAUAAUGAGAAGUCUAUUUUGAUCCACAUAUGAAAAGAAACCUAAAAUAAUGAUGGUUAAAACUCGCAUUCUAGCUAUAUUAUGCAGAAACAGAUUUUCCAUCUGAAGCUUUAUGUAUAACCUUGAAUAAUAUAUGAUUUUAACAUAAUGGAAAUAAAUUAUGAUGUUUGGGGGUUUUAAUCUGUACUAUCUGCAUAACAUUUUGUCUCGUCCUUUUCCAAAUGAUUGUAUUACUUCAGUGCUGAAGUUUCUGGGAAUCAGUAGUUAUAUUUAAAUUAUGGUUAAUGUAAUUUUACACAUUACAAAGAGUUGUUUCCAUCCAUGUUACUAUUGAAGCAUGUUUCUCAACCUAGACAAUUAGUUCCUUUUUAGUUAAAUGUUUUGUGCAGUUGAGAGGGAGAAAUSAGCAACGGAGUUUGUGUUACACCCAGGGUGAAUCCCUCUAGCUUGUGCCGGGUGUCUCCUCCAAAGCACACCAAAAUGUGGAUUGUUCCUCCGACUCAGAAAGGCUCUUUAAAGAGCUUGAACUUCARUUAGCAGCCGUGACAGGCACGUAUUUUUCAUAGGUGCAGGUACCAAAGCACAUGGCUGGGAAGGCCUCCAGAGGUGGAGGGAGCCGCAGAAACACCAGGCCUGAGGCUGCUUUUCCAUUUCCCCCCCAGACUCACCCCACCAGACCAUGUCACACAUACACAUUUCUUUUCUGUGUGUGGCAACAAAAUCUUUUGUAUUUUGCUAUCACCAAAUCCCGUCCAAUCAUGUUAAAUGAUUUUUCUCUUAGGAAUUGAAAACUAAUUUUACUAAGGAACAAUAAGUUAUUUUGGUGUUGCACAAAUCUACUUUUCUAUGAGAUUGCUGUGCAGGAUUCUGUGAAAAUAUUUGUGAAAAGAACUGUUAUUGUUUUGUAAGUCUGUAUUGCCUAAAAACCUUCUUUGUAUGUCGUGAUCUCUCCGAGUUGAACUUUACAUUCCAUAUCUGUACCGAUACCUACGUUUCCGGAGCUGCCUUCUGGA